AUGGCACCUCCACACGACCCUCUAGAAGAUUUCAGAACAGUCCAGACGGAGGAAUACGAAACUGUCAUUUCUGAUAGGUCUCCGCACGCACUCAUUUUCGAGUAUUUUUUAGAAAAUUCAAAAAAUCUCUAUUGUCAGUAUCACAUCUCGCUGUCAUCCCUAACACCUAAAUGUCGACGCUUGGAAGAAUUAGCUAAAAACAAGUAA